UCUCUUCACCCCUUGGUAACAGAAAAUAUGAGCAUCACAAUGAGUAUUCUCAAAGUAAUAUGUGCCUUUCUCUUCCUCCUAAUUGCUUCUUUUGGAGCUGAAGCAAGACAUUUGCUAGAUACAUAUGGGAGGACUUCACCAACGAGAGAGGUAUCCACGACUCCGGCCGCCGGAAAACUCCAAGACGACGACAAUCUGCUCUUAAUGGUCACCAGUGAUCCUUGGGGGCAGAAAAAAAUCACUAGUAACUGCGACAGUGGGGAGACAUGCAGUGAUAACCAGUUGGGAAGGCCGCCGGCCGGACGAUCACCUCCGGCACCGAAACCAGAGGACCCUUGGGAACAGAAGAUCAUCAAUUCUUGCGAUGGUGGCCGGAAAACAUGCAGUAAUAAUAACAACAUCAAGAAUAAGUAUGAAAGGCCGGGUAAACCGUCGCCUCCGCCGCCGAAAUCAGACGAUCCUUGGGAACAGAUGAUCAUCAACGCUUGUGAUGGUCGCCGGAAAACAUGCACUAAACUCUCCAUAACUUUAAAGAGUUUAACUUAGUAUGUUUCAUAUUAAGACACUACUGGAAGUUAUGGAAUUUCCGACCACCUAAAAGUGAUUUUAAAUCAAGUCGAAAGCCUUGUUCUGACCACUUAUGG